ACAGAAGGGAUAGAGCAAAUUUGAUGGGGAACAUUCGCUCAACAGUCCAAGUGGUUAUCUCGAGUGACUUUGAUUUGAAUUCAAAAGAAACCAAGAUUGAUGCAGGCCAAGAACCGAUCGUGGGUUUGACAUUUGAAAAUAACACGAAAGGAACGGAUGAAGCCGCUCAGAUUUUCCUUUCAACCGAAUCUUUAUCUUUUUUCUUCGAUGGUUUGCAACUGUUCUCAAUCGUGUUCAACUCUAAUGAGCAGUCCCGCUGCCACAGCCGGCCAUCGCGCUCCGCUGACACUCACACCAUGUUCAGCGAGCCCUGCCACAAUGAGAUUCCUGCAAUGCCUCCCGCUGCGAGUUCCAGCAACCAUCGGACGAACUCGCGAGGUUUCCCGACAUCUCCUGCGAUCUUUUGCGACGUUGCUCCCUCCUGGUGCUCCUGUAGCGAGACAUCACCCAAGCUGAUCCUGAAGAGCCCCUGCCUUCACGCCCUGCAGGUCCAGCGAGGAGCAUGGCGUCCUUACCAGCCUUUGUGUGCGGCCACGUCUUGUGCCUGCACCGCGCCUCGACAGCCACUCCUGCGAGUAACUGGUGAUUCUGACGCCCAUUGGUGUGCUUUUUCAUCCCAUCACUACAUCAGUCCAGCGAGCUCCAAGUGUUACCAGCGAGCCCAGCAGCAGCACCUCCAAGGAGCUUCAGGCGUGAACGAAAAUCGCCUAACUGUCACGCCACAACUUGAUUUUUCCUUGCAGGUUUCUCCAGUGUUCCAGUUCAUUAUGCCCGGGAAGCCUUGCUGUUGUUUCACUGUCGCGGCUGCACCCUCUCGCUGUGUUUGCAAAGUCGCCACUGUCAUUGCUCUUGGCCGCAUCCCUCCUCUGACGAAGAUCUCCAGUUCCAGCCAUGGCACAGCUCUCUCCAUAUCGCGCCCUUUGGCUCUGCGAUUUCAGCUACGAUCAGUCUCGAUUUUGGUGCAUUCAGUCUCGGUCUUUUCCUGA